AUGUGGAUCCCGCAUGCAACGGCCGGCGCGAGAGAAUCCUCAGCGGUUCGCUCUUCCCGCCGCCAAGUCUCUUGCCUGGGCGGCGACAACAUUCGGGCCAAAACGGUGUCCCGUAGUACAGGCAGCGGAGCCGCCGACGCCGAAGAGCAGAAACACAGCUGGGACGAGAACACUCGACUCGCAGAGGGGGCCCGAGACAGCGACAGCCUUGACGUGAAAACACGAGACGCCUCGGCCGGGGAGACGGAUGCCCAGACUCCGCACGCGCCUUGUGGAACCGCAGAGCAAACACGCGGAGAUGCAGCGGACCGGUUCGAAACGCCUCGUGCGCCGUCCACCUCCGUUAACAGUUGCGACUUCUUCCCCCCUAAAAUGCCGAGGCGAGAGCUGCUUCUCAAGGGAAAGCGGAGUAGGAGGCUUCGGAACGAUGACGCGGUUUGUUCCUUCGAUUUGUCACUGAAGGAAGAAGUGAGAUCUCUCCUGAAGCAGACGAAAAGCUCAAGACGACAGAUUGUCUAUCCUGCUGAAAAGGACGAUGGCAACGUGGAGUACAAACUCUUUCUGUCGCAGCUGUCCCCAACUAAGCUCGCUCACCGCACCACACAAAUGAGGUAUCGCUUGCAGGAGGGAGGGGGCGUCUGUUUUUAUCUCCUCGGCGUCACAGACGGAGGGCUCGGUGUGGGCAUUUCGGCGCGAUGCAUGCGCGAGAGUAUCGAAGCUGUGGCGCGGAUGGCCGCUUCGCUGUCAGCCUCGAUGGGAGUCGUGGACUUGGAGCGAGUGGCGAAAGACACAGAAGAGCAAGAAGAGAAGGAAACGAACACGGACAGGGAGCGAGAGGAGACGCAGACACCGGGAGCGAGGGCUAGCGACGGGGAGGCCGAGAAGUGCUACGGGAGGCACGAGAAAGAAGGCGACGAGGGAACUGAGGAAACAAGAAAGGAGAGAAGAUUGGACUGGGAGAGAAUAUUAGGGACCGUUGACGAGACCAACACCGCACGGUGGAUCGCCUGCGUUCGCGUGAGUCAAAAUGCGCCGACGACUGCGCCCGACCCCUCGAGGGGCGGCGCCCUACCGGCCCCAUCUGCCGAGAGCCUUGGAGCCCAAGGCGCCCGUGAAAUCCGCGUUGCCGUCCUUGGAGCCCAUGACGCGGGAAAGAGUUCCCUCGUUGCUGUGCUUGCCGAAGAAGGGACUCUGGACGACGGGGAAGGCUCCGCUCGUCUGCGGAUGUGCACGCAUCCUCACGAAGUUCUUCUUGGGGCAACGUCAGCCCUUCAUUUUGCGUCCCUUCACCCUUCGCCCGUUCCCGCUCGCGCGCGGCCCCAAACAGUCCCUAACCGCCAUUCGUCUGUCGCGUCUUCCUCCUUCGCUUCUUCCUCCCCCUUCCUCUCUCCCGUGUCUCCAGGCCGUGGUAUCCGCCAUGGCUCCACGGUUCGUACUCUCCCUCCUUCGCGUGCGGCGGGAAAGACAGAGAACGGAAGCAAGGAAGGAGACAAAGGAGACACAGGCACUCCGCGGGCUUCGGCUGCCUCAUCUCCCCGCUCAGCAUCCUCAGGUGUCCGUACACCGCCGGCGCAGGCGUGCGACGGUUCUUCACUUGCUGUUUCUCUCGGAGAAUCCAAAGACGACGCCGAUGCGAAGGAAGCACGGUUGGGCGGGACGUCUCCACCGACGAAAGCUGAAAACGAAGGACGGGCGCGAAAUAGUGGAGACGCAGGAAAUGCUGCAACGGCGAUUACGCUGAUGGAUAUGGCGGGGCAUCCCAAGUACAUCAAAAGUGCAUUGACAGGCCUCCUCAGAGAGUGCCUUGACCACGUCGUCAUCGUCAUCGACGCUUCGCCAGAGGCGGCACCCAUCCCUGUCCAACUCCAGCAGGAGCGCGUCCUGCUCGCGACGUCUCUGGUGCUUCUGCGCCUGCCUUUCACUCUGGUUUUCAACAAAUGGGAACGGCGAGCAGACAGCGGCCGAGCUCGCGAAACGGCGCCGGGGUCUUCGCUCGCUUCUGCCUGCCAGGCCGCCCCUUCUCCUGUCGACGGUGUGGAAGGCGGCGAGGCUGCGACUGCUUCGGUCGGUCAACCGGGAGACCCAGUGGGGACAAACGUGUGGGGCAAACAGAGAACAGACGAGACAGCGAACAACGAGGACGAAGAGCCCGCCAUAAAGGCGCAGCUGUGCGCCGAAGUCGUGGGCAACCUGCAGGCGAUGUUCUGCGUCGCGGGAGCCGCCCUCGUCGACUGCACGCCGAUCUGUGCGGGCCAAGACGUCGAGGAGACGCAGGCGAGACAGCGGGGGGCGGCAGAGACAGUGGAAGAGACAGCGGAAGAGGCGAAACUUGAGAGCGAGGAUCGGGGGCAGACAGCACUUGCAGAGAGGCAACACGAUCCUUCCAGCUCUUUGAGUGCCCCGGGAGGACACGACACGAGCUGCGAAAGCCUGCCGAGACAGCGCAACCAAAGGAACAGGACAGGGAAGGCAGGCAGCGAAGACUGUGCUGUCCUUCUUCGUUUGCAACGCAGAGACGAAUGGAGAAGGAGGGGGAGACUGAGACAGGCAGAAGAACGUGAACGACAUGCAGGAUACAAGGCAUCCGCCAGCCGGGGGAACGCACCAGCUGGGGCUGCAGCCCUGCGAUUCCCGCUCGCCUGCCGAGGCGCUUUCUGUGUCUCUUGCGUCGAGGGCCAGGGCAUAGAGCAGCUGCGGCGAUGGUUGCAGCAACUGCCUCGCUGGAACCCUGCGUCAGGCGACGAGGCAUCCGCCUCCAGUGGCGCCGCACGCGCCUCAGCUCCCCACUCAGUUUGGCCUGGGUCUUCUUCCUCUUUGCUGGUCUCCAAGACGUCCCUCCGAUCGACUGUCCACACCAGCCGAGGCGACGGGGGAGAUAGGGGAGACGGGAGCGACGUGCUUCUCAGGCGGGCUCCGUCUUCCUCUGUGCGGGACUCUUCCUCCUCUGUCGCCUCGGCCUGCACGCCUACCCCUUCCGCGUCUCGUUCUCUGGCCACGGCGUGCGCCUCUGCUGCGUCUUCCUUCCCAUCUCCUUCGGCGUCUGCGUCAGCGUCUCCACCUAUCGCUUCUCCAAACGCGCCCGCCUCUUCAGCUGGCGCUUCUUCCUGUGAAGCCUUUUCCUCCCGCUGCUCUCGCCCGUCUCCCCUGUCUUCCGCGUGUUCGCUUCUGCCUCCCUGCGUUCGCAGCGCCUUCUUGGUGACGGAGGUCUUCCCGAGGUGUCGUGCCGCCGCUGAGCAACGCGACGAGACACUCUUUUCAGACAAUCCAUCUGCAACGACCGCCGUGCGGCCUCGCCCCCGUAGCGGAGGCUCGGCUUCCGUCUUUCCCGAUUCGCGCGAUGAUGGCGCACGCGAAGAAAACGAGCGAGCUGCGCAGUGCGCGUCUGAAGAGAAAGUCGGCGAGAGAGCCAUAGGUGCUGUGCUGGGUGGCGUCCUUCUUCAGGGUCGCCUCAACGUCGGAGACCACGUUUUGUGCGGUCCCUUCCUCGCGCCCUCUUCGUCUUUUUCCGCUUCCACCUGCAGCCGGUCAUUGUGCGCGUCGUCGCCAGCGUCGCUUGUGUCUCCUGGACGCGACGAGGCGCGAAGAGGCGAGGGAAGCACGGCGAGGCUGCCCACGAGAGACGAGCGAAAGGAAGAGCACGGAAGGAGUGUGACAAGAGGAAAGACCGUCAAGACUAAGGUGAAGGAGGAGGACGAUCAGGACGAGGCACGGAUGCGGAAGACACACGGAGGCGCCUCUUUCCUCUGGCUGCAGGCCAGGAUUGAAUCGCUCCGAGACAGCGAAAGACAGUCGGUUUCCUUUCUACCUGAUAUAGCGACGCCGAUGAAAUGCUCUCUCGCUGCUGUCUUUCUGCCGGAGGUCGCGUCCCUCAAAGACGUCUCAAGCCCAGCUGUGGAAAUCGAGGAACUUCAGAAAGAAAGGAGAGAGGGGGAAGAAGGGAAAGGAGUGGCGGGGACAAAGGGAGGCGAGAUGGACGAAUGGGGACUGGAGUCGUCGGAGAGCCGCGAAGGUGCCGCCGUGUCUUCUCGCCUUCCUCGUGCGUUUUCGCUGCCUGUCUCUGGUCCGAGAAAAGACAGGGAGAGGCGAGGCGACGUGGCGAGGACGAGGGGAAAAGAGGUUGAGGCAGCAAGCAGGGAAGAAGGACGCGUGAGGCUCCUGAGACCCGGUCUGCUUCUCGCCACCGAAGUCCUCGCGAUUCUGCCGCUGUCUGCCUCGCCGAAAGAGCUAGCCGCAGCAACAUCGAGCGCGCUUGCCCGCAUGCACGAGCGGAGGCAAUUUCGCUCCUCCAGAGGUGCGAGCAAAGGAGAGAGCCAAGCUCAGCGUCGUUGUCAGCGAGAAAGAGAAGACGAGAAAGAAGAGGAGAAACGCGACAAAGACGGAGAAGAAGGCAGAGAGGCAGAAACCGCGAGACGAAGCCGCAGCAGGGCGAGAAGAAAGAAGCGCAGUCUGCGGUCCCUCUCGGAAGCCGCGACGUCGCCCAGCGGGCGAGUUGCGCCUGCCAAUGUCCUCGCUCCCUUCGAGACCGGUCUCGUUCUUCUCCAGUUCAUCGGCGGCCUUGGCGGCGAGCUUCUGGCCUCAGGUCUGCCGAUUGUUGUUUGCAGCGGAGUCGAUGUGCAAGGCAUCGGCGACGUGGUAGCCCCCUGCCCCGAGAUUCCCUUCUUCUCCCACAGGCUGCUCGGCUCGUGGAAAAUGCAGCGCACGGCCUGA